AUGGCUCCAGUAGGCGAAUUAGCUUCAUUCGUUGCAAAUGGAAACUUUAUCCCUCACAGUCUGAAUAUGGAUGAACUGGCUGCAUCGAGAGGAACUUCGAAUUCACCGUUUCCAUUCAACAAUUCUCCCUCAUUGUCUGUCUUGAAUGAUCGUGCCUUUGGUGAAAAGAUGCCUAUUCUUACGCCAGGAAUGCUAUCUGAAAAUGCUGUCGAGGUUAGGAGGACGGCAAAAAACCUUGGUCGGGCUCUGAUGAAGCUUGAACACCCGAAUAGCGUCAUGCUGAUUGCGAAACUGGUGGACGUCAAGAUUAUAGAGUUUACCAGGAUUCUCGCUUGCCAUUUGAUUGAUACACCACGUGCUUGUGGAAUCAGUGGGCUCAAAGUAUUCAUUGACGCCAAGCUGAAGAAUCACCCAUACUUUAACUAUAACAAACUGAUUGCCACUCACCCACACUAUGCCGAAAAUAUGGAUUUUUGGAGCUCUGAUAUGUGUAAAGCCAAACCGGAAUCUGUUGACUUUAUCAUUACUCUUGGAGGCGACGGAACAGUCCUCUUCUCCUCAUUCCUCUUUCAAAAGUCUCAGGUGCCUCCUGUGAUACCAUUUCACUUAGGAUCGCUUGGAUUCCUCACAAACUUUAAUGUGGCUGAUAUUCGAGAUGUUUUGGAACGUGUUAUUGGAUGUCAUGGUGAUGGUGUAAGAGUGAAUAUGCGAAUGAGGUUGAAGUGUGAAGUCUGGAGACAAUCAUAUGCUUCAGCACCAACAAGAGGACGAGGUGGUGAUAACGAACGUAUAAAAGCUUUAAGAGAAUCGCAUCAACGAACACAUACACCAAAUGGUCGAGCCCCAACCAACUCUACGCAAACUUUGUCUGAAUCUGAUCUACCACCAUCUACAAAUAGUGUAAAUGGUAGUAGUCCAAAUGCAACCCCGACGUCACGAGCAAGAGCAUCAUCGACGAGCUCUAUAGCAGCAGCGCCUGCUUCAGCAAAUCUAGGUGUCAGCUCUAGGCCACGAUCACCAAUGCCUCCGAAUUCACUACCUACUACGCCUGCAGCCCCUGGAACGAUUGUAGAAUCACCACACGAUUACGAUCUCACUGAAACUGCAUCCGUAUUCUCCGAAGCCAGUUUUGACCAACACGUCUCGAAUAUAUCAGCAUUCAAUAGAAACACUGAUAUUCCCAAUAUUGUGAAUGUUUUGGAUAGUAUCACGCCAAGUCUUACGAGUCAGGCCAAUAUGAAUGGGCAUGAUGAUUGGAAUGCUAGCACAGGUCGACGUGGUCGUGGGUUGGGAGAUGCACAAAGGGGUGAACCUACGUAUGUCAAGAGUGAGGAGAUUCAUAUUCUGAAUGAUUUGGUGGUGGAUCGUGGACCAUCAGCUUAUAUGAGUCAGCUCGAGCUGUUUGUUGAUAAUCGACAUCUGACGACUGUGCAAGCUGAUGGGUUGGUGCUGUCUGGUCCUACAGGCUCAACUGCAUACAGUCUCUCUGCUGGCGGAUCUGUAGUGCACCCAGAAUGUCCAGCUAUACUCGUAACACCCAUAUGUCCUCAUACUCUCUCGUUCCGGCCAUUGAUUCUGCCUGACAGCUGUGAAAUACGUAUAUCUGUGCCACAUAGCUCUAGGAACACUGCGUUUGCUGCAUUCGAUGGACGACAUAGAAUCGAGCUUCUCCAAGGAGACUACAUCACAAUCUCAAUGAGUCCUUACCCUAUGCCCACAGUCUGUGCUGAAGACCAAAGUCUAGAUUGGUUUGAAAGUCUACGUAGAUGUCUACACUGGAAUGAACGUACUAGACAAAAGGGAAUCAAUGACGAAUCACCAACCGUAAAUGAUCUCGAAGAGGCUCUAUAUAGAGGUCCAGAAAGAGCACCAUCUGUCGUACCACAUAUACAUGGAACAGCAGCAAGUGUGUCUUCUGAUAUGUCAUCGCCUCCUCGACCAUGUCCAUUAGAACCUGUUAUCCCAGCCGAUGUUUUAAGCACAUCCAUAUCAUCCUUAUCUACCAGUUUUGCAGAUCUUGAUGCUGCACGACGAACAUCGUCGGGUGACGAUGUAGAAGAGUUGGGUUUUGUAUAG